CCUCUCUUCACUACCAAGGAGCUUUGGAGCUCGACUUCCAAGACCGGCUAUAUAUACACACACACACACACGGACACACACGGGAGGAAUCUAAACACUGAAUGUACUUGCAGAAGGAAUUACUUUGUCAAUACUCUGAAGGAAAGCUAUACUGUUAUCUGGCUCGUCGGGCCCUUCAAGAAGUUUAAAGAGGAUUUAUAUAUUAGUUGGAAAAAAGUAUAUUAAUCGUAACGAAUCAAAAUGGAGCUGCAGAAGAUGAAUGGACACAGCAGGGAUGAUGGAUUCGAUGGGCUGGAGGCCAUGGCGGAGCACGACGAGUUCCUCCCACAUAAACCUGGUACAAAGAAACAAACCCACUUUACAGAUUUCGAGGGGAAGACGUCCUUCGGCAUGUCCGUCUUUAACCUCAGUAACGCCAUAAUGGGCAGUGGAAUUCUGGGACUGGCGUUUGCGAUGUCCAACACGGGAAUCAUCCUUUUUAUAAUCUUGUUGGUGUUCAUUGCUAUCCUCUCGGCGUAUUCCAUUCAUCUCCUGCUGAAAAGUGCCGGAGUUGUGGGCAUUCGGGCAUACGAGCAGCUCGGGAAUCGAGCUUUUGGCCCACCGGGAAAACUACUGGCUGGCUGCAUCAUCACGGUGCACAACAUUGGUGCCAUGUCCAGCUAUCUCUUCAUCGUCAAGUCGGAGCUCCCGCUCGUAAUCCAAGCUUUCCUGGGCAGACAUGAAAACACAGGAGAGUGGUUCUUGAAUGGAAACUACUUGAUCAUCAUUGUUAGCGCUUUCGUCAUCCUCCCUCUAGCACUCAUGAAACAACUUGGUUACCUUGGUUAUACGAGCGGCUUUUCCCUCUCCUGCAUGGUUUUUUUCCUCAUUUCGGUUAUUUACAAGAAGUUCAACAUCGACUGCCCUUUGAAAGACGAGCAUCAUAAUAUCACGAGUAUAGCAGACCACUACACAACCAACGACACCGAUGGCUUCUGUGACGCGAAGCUGUUCACCAUCAACUCACAGACGGCUUACACCAUCCCAAUUCUGGCCUUCGCAUUCGUCUGCCACCCAGAGGUGCUGCCCAUCUACACCGAGCUGCGAGACGCCACCAAGAAGCGCAUGCAAACAGUUGCCAACAUCUCCAUCAUGGCCAUGUUUGUCAUGUACCUGCUGACGGCUCUUUUUGGUUAUCUCACCUUUUACGGUGCGGUGGAGUCGGAGCUGCUACACACCUACAGCCGCGUGGACCCGCUGGACGUCCUGGUGCUCUGCGUGCGUCUGGCGGUGCUGGUGGCGGUCACCCUGACCGUCCCCGUGGUCCUCUUCCCGAUCCGUCGGGCCUUGCAGCAGAUCUUGUUCCCUGAGAAGCCUUUCCACUGGGCCAGACACAUCGGCAUCGCGGUCUCUCUCAUCUUCAUCGUCAACCUCCUGGUUAUAUUUGUGCCCUCCAUACGCGACAUCUUUGGCAUCAUUGGAGCCACAUCCGCUCCCAGCCUCAUUUUCAUCCUGCCCUCCAUCUUCUACAUCCGGAUCGUUCCUGAAGAGCAGGAGCCUUUCAGGUCAAGACCCAAGAUCCAGGCCGCAUGUUUCGCCGCGCUUGGAUUCAUCUUCAUGGUCAUGAGUUUGUCGUUCAUCAUCACUGACUGGGCGACCGGAGAGAGUCGAAGCGGAGGUGGACACUAGCCGCUGUGACUGAACAGAAGUAUUCAAACCGAAGAAUGUCAUCCAAAACACUCCCUCCCCUCAAUUUGCUCCUCAAUCCAAAAGAGUUCUCAACCCGGCGCCAAACAGGAAGAUUUGGAAAAGAAUAUAUGAAGAAGCUUCGGCUUUGUUUCCAAAAAACAAAAACGCCAUGCGGGCAGAGAAAGUGUCCCUCAGUGGAGGGGAGAGACACACACAAGUCAUAACUUUCUGACUGAAUAAAAACCUGCCACAGCUCAUAAGUCAGGAUCUUGUUUUGGGGUCAUGUGCAGACUGGCAGCAAACGAAUGAAUGGGAACAAUGUGACCAAAAUGGAAAUCCCAUUUCAGCGCGGUGCUUUCUACGUGUGCCGUUCCCUGGAAUAGCACAGCCGCUGCCAGCAGCCUACUUCCCCACCAUCUCAGAUUUCACACGACACACAUCUCUCGAGUGUCGCGCAGCCAUUGUUUCCCUUCUCGAGGUGUUUUCUUCUCAAACAAAACAGAAAUUUAUAUAUUUGGAGAAUUCACUUUGCUUAUUAAGAUGUUGCGGCUUGAUCGCUCUUUUUAGAUUUACCUCGACUUGACCCGGAUAGGUACUAAUGACAAGUGAAGGUUAGUCUGCACGUCGUCCCACAAUCAAAAUUUUGUCUUCUGUGACUUUUUUAAUGGACUUGAAAUGUGAUUUUUAUUUUUAUUUUUUUUUGUCUCCUGACAUGUAACACGAGCAUUGUAAUCCCCUUUUAAAACGCAGCCUGAGGUGCCCAGUGAUCCAACAAGUAUGCUGAAAUUAGCUUUUUGCUGCUGCUCAUGAAGGUCAAACAGUUACUGACAAUCACGUGAAUCAACACACACACACAAGCACACACAAAAAACACACACACUUUUUUUAUGUGAGUGAAAAUCCAGACUUGCAAACCAAAGAAUUUUCUAUUGUGUCGCAUUUUCUGAAAAUGUAAGACUUUUUUUUUAAUGUUCAACAAAAGCCAUUAAAAAAAGUUUAGCAAUGAAUCAUGCAGUAUUAGAAAAGCCGUGGCUGUCCUCACAGAGCGAGAAACUACUCAGAAUGUUAAAUAGUGACCUCUGAAUUUUAACUUAAAAUGAUGUUUGUUUUGUCUAUACUCGAAAGGAUCUGUUAACGUUUGUCGUCCAUCCUGUAAAUUUUUAAAUUAAUUUAAAUGUUACUUGUCAAUAAAACUGUUAUUUGUACUCGA